UCCAGAUGAAUAUUAGCUAAUGAUUAAUACUGUUUCUGUGAACAAUUUCAGUAUUUUGAUCAAACAGUAAACUUGGGACUUUUUAUAAUUGUCUUCCUCUUCUGUUUGGAUUUGCCAUUUCUGCUUGUUCUAGCAGAAACAAGAUCUGUGGAUACUUUAGAGGGAGCUACAAAUAAUGUUAUUUCUGAAGAAUCAGUGGAGAAGGUAAAGAAUGUAAAGCAACCUCAAGUAAUAGCCGACAGUGAAGUAGCUGCAGAAGAAAAACAUUCUGAAUUGAAAAAGAAAAAGAAAAAAAAGAGACAAGUGAUUAACACAGAAGGAGGUACAGAAACUAAAAAAGCAAAGACUGAAGAACAAGAGUCUGUAGACAUGAAAGAUGCAAAAGAUAGUAAAGAUCCUGAGGUGGAAGAAAAUAAUGAGGGUCCUGAAGGGAGAGAACUAGUGGAUGAGGAUACUGAAGAGCCCUGUUUACCUCUUGGUGUAACAGGUGCUUUUGAAGACACCUCAUUUGCUUCACUGGCUGAUAUAAUCAGCGAGAACACACUGAAAGGAAUAACUGAUAUGGGCUUUACACACAUGACAGAAAUUCAACAUAAAAGUAUUAAACCCCUUUUGGAAGGCAGAGAUAUUCUAGCAGCUGCGAAAACGGGCAGUGGCAAAACACUUGCAUUCCUCAUUCCUGCCAUAGAGCUCAUCUACAAGUUAAGAUUCAUGCCUAGGAAUGGAACAGGUGUUCUGAUUCUUUCACCUACUCGGGAGCUUGCCAUGCAGACUUUUGGAGUUCUGAAAGAACUGAUGACUCAUCAUGUUCACACCUUUGGCCUGAUAAUGGGAGGCAGUAACAGAUCAGCUGAAGUACAGAAACUUGCAAAUGGGAUCAACAUUAUCGUGGCAACACCAGGUAGACUUCUGGACCACAUGCAGAACACCCCAGGGUUUAUGUACAAGAACCUGCAGUGUCUGGUAAUUGACGAGGCAGAUCGUAUCCUGGAGGUUGGGUUUGAGGAAGAAAUGAAACAGAUCAUAAAACUGCUACCAAAGCGCAGACAGACCAUGCUUUUUUCUGCUACACAAACCCGAAAGGUUGAAGACCUGGCUAAAAUAUCUCUGAAAAAGGAGCCACUAUAUGUUGGAGUUGAUGAUAACAAGGAAACAGCCACAGUAGAUGGUCUUGAACAGGGAUAUGUAGUGUGUCCAUCUGAAAAAAGAUUCCUUCUGCUCUUCACAUUCCUCAAGAAAAACCGGAAGAAAAAAUUGAUGGUGUUUUUCUCCUCGUGUAUGUCUGUGAAAUAUCACUAUGAACUACUCAACUAUAUUGACUUGCCGGUCAUGGCCAUUCAUGGAAAGCAGAAGCAAACUAAACGUACUGCCACGUUUUUCCAGUUCUGUAAUGCAGAUUCUGGAAUACUGUUGUGCACUGAUGUAGCUGCCAGAGGACUGGAUAUUCCUGAAGUUGAUUGGAUUGUCCAGUAUGACCCUCCAGAUGACCCAAAGGAAUACAUUCAUCGCGUUGGUAGAACUGCCAGAGGUAUAAAUGGCAGAGGACAUGCUCUACUGAUUUUACGACCAGAAGAAUUGGGUUUCCUUCGUUACCUAAAGCAAGCCAGGGUACCAUUAAGUGAAUUUGAAUUUUCGUGGUCAAAAAUUUCAGACAUCCAGUCUCAGCUUGAAAAAUUGAUUGAGAAAAACUAUUUCCUUCACAAGUCGGCGCAGGAAGCAUACAAAGCAUACAUUAGAGCUUAUGACUCCCAUUCUCUGAAACAGAUCUAUAAUGUCAAUAACUUGGAUUUACCCAAAGUUUCUCUUUCUUUUGGCUUCAAAGUCCCUCCAUUUGUUGAUCUCAAUGUGAACAGCAGCCAAGGUAGAAGAUUGCAAAAAAGAGGCGGAGGUGGAGGAUUUGGUUACCAGAAAUCCAAGAGUGUCCAUAAAUCCAAAAUCUUCAAACACAUUAACAAGAAAAAGUCAGACAGCCGGCAGUUUUCUCGUUGAAGCUCUCUUCUGAAAUGGCUUUUGUCAUUAAAAUAGACUCUCUCUAGGUGAAAAUAAUCUUACAGAUAUUUCCUUUUCACGCUGCUAAGGUUUAAAAUGUGCUCUGUUUAAAUUUUACAUUUGGUCUCUGUAUAUCUAAUAAUGCAUUUCAAGAAGGCAGACUGAGAAAACUAAGUCAAAGGAGAGGAUACUUCGAUGUAAUCUUUUUACCAUAAAUAAGUUAACUGUUCCUGAAAAUAGAACACAUUUUCUAGUAUUUUUUCUAAGCACCCAUCAAAACAGAACAGGCAAUUCUGAAUACAGAAUGGUUGUGCAUAGCAAGAGUCUGUCAGAAUAUUCAGAAAUUAAAGGGGAUGGCAGAGCGCUGAAACUAUUUUUACGGGACAAAAUAAAAUAUCCUUGUUCACUUGGGUCACUGGACUUUUUUAUAAAGCUACAAAACUCAUUGCUUUUUCUAGUCAAAACAGUAAAGAAUCUCUAGGGAUCUUCUGGAUGAACAGAGAAUGACUAUGAGCCUAAUGUGUGUUUAAACCAUCAAGGAUAAUGCUUUAGUCUAUGUAUCAAAUAGUACAAAUUGACAAGACUAUAAAAGCAAAUUUAAUAGUAUACUAUGGGGUAGUACCUCCUGCUCGCUACACUCACCAACCCCCUCUCUGGGGUAGGCAGCCCUGGCUUCCCACCACCACUGGGGAGGGCCAGGCUGAGGCUUGGCAGUCCUGGCCUUCACAGGCUCUCUCUUGCCACCCUGCUGCCUGGGGGGUUGGGCCAGGCCAAGGCCACAGAUGGCCCAAAUUUCUCCCUUCAGCCGAUGGGAGGGGCUGGGCCGAGGCUGACCUGACCCUUUCCCUCAAGAGGGAGGGCUUGCAGCGUGCCUCUCCCCUCCCCCCCAACACCCCACUCCACCAUGAGGGGGGAAGGUCUUGUGACUUGCAGUCCCCCUUUUGCCACUUGCUCCAGCCCCAGCUUUCCCCCACCCCACUUCCCUAGCUGUACCAAGCACUGCGCUCUGGUGAGGCUCAGCCCUCCAGCCACCAGGAGGGAGGGCAAAAUCCCAAGCCCCUCGCUCUCCACAGCCACCAGACCCCUAGCCCUAUCACCUGGCUGUCAGGAGGGGGAGGACGGCAGGCAAGGACUCCAGAAGCUGCCUUAUGCUCUGGCAGUGGGGGGAUGUCCCCACACAUCACCAGAGCAGCACAAUUUAAAAUUCCAGAAGCCACCGGUCAUGUGGUGGCUACCCACGGUACAGCCAACUUGGUCCCAGAUCAGGGGAUGGCAUGUCCUCCGCCUGCAGCAGGCUUCUGCACUCCCUGCCCUCCCACCCCACAAUUUUCCUCCUACCCCCCUCCCCCGCCGCCCUCCCCCCACCAGCAGCAACAGCUUGCUUUCAGUGCUACUGCUGUUCCAGGAGCCGUAGUUGCUGAUCCCUGCUGGGUUACCAGCACAGUAGAAGGGAGGAGGUAGGGUGGCUGCGGGGGGAGGGGCUGCUGGAUGAAGAGUGACAUGAUGAUGUCACUGUUGUCCUGCAGGAAAAGUUUUCUUGACUAUAGAGAGAGCUAUUAUGUGACAUUUUAACAGCUUUUUUAUAUUAUGUUAAUAAACUAAUUUAUAUUCCAGAGGAA